AUGCAGAAGAUUCUAAGCUAUUAUUACCCUGAUACCGAACUUGAUGUUCCGACGCUGCGGACCAUUGCAUCAGAGUGCGCCAGCGGCCAGCUCCUCGCCCACCCGAACCCGGUUAAAUUUCAAGACACCCAUGCCAAGAUGGCUCCCGGAACUGUUCAUAAAAGCACGCUUAUUAGCGAAAUGCCUCCUCAAACCGAAGACGAUUCCGCGGUGCAAGAAAUUGUUCAACUCCACGAAGAGUACGGCUGCAUGUUGGCUGACGCACGCGGCGAGUAUCGCUACAUCGGAGCAGACGCUGGUGUUAGUUUCAACAGUGCAGUCCGAGACAUGAAGAGUCCUGAUGGACCCAUCCGAGGCGGCGAGCGCGUUAUCAUUUCCCCUUUGCGAAAGGUCACUCUUCCAAAGCCCACGCCUCAACCGGGGGGGGUCAGCGGAGAAGACUACCUGGACAUGGCGAAAGCUUUACUCUCUGACGUAUGCGAUGAAGCGAGCCUUGACAGUCUAAGGGGAUUGAUUCUACUUGCUCUUGCUUCGCAAACUCAUGCUUUUUUGAACUCGGCCUACCUCUAUGCUGGGAUUGCUGUCCGAAUAGCAUUCUCCCUUGGUCUACAUCUCGAUAAAUAUUUCACUCCCAGUCCGGUCGAGAAGCAGCAUGCACGUAGGUUAUGGUGGUCCUUGGACAUAUUUGAUCAGGACGUUGCACACAGAGUUGGGAAGCCUUCGAUGAUUGGAAGUCUCGAAAAUGUGUCAUGCAAACCAGCACUGCCUUUGGAAGAGGUAUUUACAGCUAUUGACCGUGUCGAAGCGUAUCUUAAAGCUAAACUGAACUCAGAUACUCAACCCGGGCCCCCAACCCCUGCUGGAUACCUUGAGCUCGCUUCAUCGCUCACACAACUUACCAAGGCUAUGCGUCACAACCUGUACAUUGGACCUCUUGAAGGUGGAAAGAGGUUGACUUUAUAUGCAUUCACCACUAUGCUAGACUUGCUGCGGGAAUGGCAUGCUGGUGUCCCGUCGUAUCUGCAAUACGACGCCCCCGCUCCUCCGUUACAUAGGAGACCUCUGUGCUUUCUGCAUCUGCGAUACUGGAACCUGGUCAUACUCUCUAGCCGGCCAUUCCUGCUCUGUAGCCUUUUGCGUCGAGAGCAGCUACAACAGAACUCGAACUCCCGAUCCUUCGAGGAAUUUAGUGACAUAUGUAUUGGCGCUGCCGGACAUUCAUUGACCAUACUGCAGAAGAUGAUGGAUGAGCAUACACUCUCCAGCCUAUUGAUAUCCGACUUUUAUUUUGUCCUUGAUCUCAUUCAGAUCUUGCUAGUUGCAUUCGCACUCCGAGGCUCCCAAAGUUUCCUUCACCAAGCCACGAAUGUUCCUGAAACAUUGAACGAACUCCGGGAAUGGGGUGUUCUGAGUGGGCCCUCAGACAGCUCCAGCGCACCGCAGAAUCAAGACGUCUCAGGCGUUGAGAUGGAGCCAGAUAACGGACUUUAUGAAGCAAUGUUUAACCUUGGUGACCUUACAGAGGGCGACAUUGCCUCUGCUGAUUUCGGAUAUAUGGUUGGCGAGAACGACGAUUUACUCAUGCAGCAGAUGCUUGAAUUCUGA